GUGAUUGUGUAGUAGUGAAGCGCGUGUGAAAGAAAGGUAAGGGCGGUGGCUGGAGGAGAAGGCAAAGAAGAAGAGGCAGUGGCAGCAGAGGUUGCUAAAUUGACUGAACUGACUGAGUAACUAAGGGCGCUGCUGAGCAGUUGCACUCAUUGUAGCUUGGCUGCGACCCAGAGGAAAAGAGGAGGAGGAGGAGGAGUUGAGGAAGGCGGGGCCCUUGGUGGCGGCAUGAGCGCGAGUGCGCAGGCGCGGGUCCAGGUCCAGGCGGCUCGCGGCGAGAGGCGCGCGCACAGCCCUGACUCGCAGUCGCCUGCUCUUCCUCGGCUGGAGAAGCAGCAGCAGCAGCAAAAGCAGGACGUUGUCGCCUCUGUCGCUGUCCCCCGCGCCUCGGAGCCCGACAUCAUGCCGGUGACGGAGAAGGACCUGGCGGAGGACGCGCCCUGGAAGCGGAUCCAGCAGAACACCUUCACCCGCUGGUGCAACGAGCACCUCCGCUGCGUGAACAAGCGCAUCGGGAACCUGCAGUGCGACCUGAGCGACGGGCUGCGGCUGAUUGCGCUGCUGGAGGUGCUCAGCCAGAAGCGCAUGUACCGCAAGUACCACCAGCGCCCCACCUUCCGCCAGAUGCAGCUGGAGAACGUCUCCGUGGCCCUCGAGUUCCUCGAGAGGGAGAACAUCAAGCUCGUCUCCAUCGACAGUAAAGCUAUUGUUGAUGGGAACUUGAAGCUAAUCCUAGGGUUGGUAUGGACCCUUAUCCUCCAUUAUUCAAUCUCUAUGCCCGUUUGGGAAGAUGAAGGAGAUGAUGAUGCCAAGAAACAGACUCCAAAACAGAGACUCUUGGGAUGGAUUCAGAACAAAAUCCCAUAUUUGCCAAUUACAAACUUUAACCAAAACUGGCAAGAUGGCAAAGCACUGGGUGCCCUUGUGGAUAGCUGUGCUCCUGGUCUUUGCCCAGAUUGGGAAACCUGGGACCCUAAGAAGCCCGUUGAUAAUGCCCGUGAAGCCAUGCAGCAAGCAGAUGACUGGCUGGGUGUACCUCAGGUCAUCACUCCAGAAGAAAUCAUACAUCCUAAUGUGGAUGAGCAUUCUGUAAUGACGUACUUGUCACAGUUCCCCAAAGCCAAGCUGAAACCAGGUGCUCCUCUGAAACCUAAACUUAAUCCAAAGAAGGCAAGAGCAUAUGGCAGAGGAAUUGAACCACAUGGAAAUAUGGUGAAGCAGCCUGCCAAAUUUACUGUAGACACUAUCAGUGCUGGCCAGGGUGAAGUCAUGGUUUUUAUAGAAGACCCAGAAGGCAACAGAGAAGAGGCCAUGGUGUCUCCAGAAAAUGACAAGAACAAGACCUAUGCUGUUCAAUAUGUGCCAAAGGUUACAGGACCACACAAGGUUACAGUCCUGUUUGCUGGUCAGCAUAUUUCAAAGAGCCCAUUUGAAGUCAAUGUUGACAAGGCACAGGGAGAUGCCAGCAAAGUAACAGCCAAAGGGCCAGGCUUGGAAGCAACAGGAAAUAUAGCCAAUAAACCUACUUAUUUUGACAUUUAUACAGCAGGGGCAGGUGUUGGUGAUAUAGACAUAGAUGUUGAAGACCCUCAAGGGAAGAACAUUGCUGAAGUUUUUCUAGAAGACAAAGGGAAUCAGGUCCACCGCUGUGUGUACAAGCCUCUUCAAGCUGGUCCUCACACUAUUAGAGUGACGUUUGCUGGAGAAGAAGUUCCAAAAAGCCCUUGGGGAGUUGUUGUUGGUGAAGCCUGCAAUCCAAAUGCCUGCCGUGCCAGCGGCAGAGGCCUCCAGCCUAAAGGAGUUCGGAUCAGAGAAACCGCAGACUUCAAGGUUGAUACUAAAGCCGCAGGGAGUGGAGAUAUCCAUGUUGCAGUAAGAGGGCCAAAGGGCUUAGAGGAACUUGUGAAACAAAAGGAAUUCAUGGAUGGUGUAUAUUCAUUUGAAUAUUACCCAGUAAUUCCAGGAAAAUACAUGGCAACAAUCUUGUGGGGAGGCCAUAACAUCCCCAAAAGCCCUUUUGAAGUUCAAAUAGGUCCUGAAGCAGGCCCGCAAAAAGUAAGAGCUUGGGGGCCAGGUCUUCACGAAGGAGUUGUUGGUAAAUCUGCUGACUUUGUGGUAGAAUCCAUUGGUCCAGAAGUUGGAUCGCUUGGCUUUGCCAUUGAAGGCCCGUCUCAGGCAAAAAUUGAAUGUGAUGAUCAGAAUGAUGGCUCAUGUGAUGUGAAAUACUGGCCUAAGGAGCCUGGUGAAUAUGCCAUCCACGUCAUGUGUGAUGAUGAAGACAUCAAAGACAGUCCCUACAUGGCUUCCAUCCAGCCAGCUUCUCCAAACUUCGACUCCAACAAGGUAAAAGCUUAUGGUCCAGGGUUGGAGAGAACUGGCUGUAUUGUGAACAAUCCUGCAGAGUUUACAGUUGACACAAAGGAAGGUGGCAGUGCUCCUCUGAAGAUAUAUGCACAGGAUGGGGAUGGAAAUCCUAUUGAUAUCCAAAUGAAGAGCAAACCAGAUGGCAUCUUUGCUUGCUCGUAUGUUCCCACAAAGCCAAUCAAGCACACAAUUGCUGUUACUUGGGGAGGAGCAAAUGUGCCCAAUAGUCCUUACAGGAUCCAGAUUGGACAAGGUAGCCAUCCCUACAAGGUGAAAGUUAUUGGACCAGGAAUGGAGAGAACUGGACUGAAAGCUAAUGAACCAACUCACUUUACAGUAGACUGCACAGAAGCAGGAGAAGGUGAUGUGAAUGUUGGCAUCAAAUGUGAUGCUAAUGUCAUCAAUGAAGAAGAACAAGACAUAGACUUUGGCAUCAUACCUAAUGCUAAUGAUACAUUCACAGUGAAAUAUACACCUCCUGCAGCUGGACGCUACACUGUCAAAGUGCUUUUUGCUGGAGAGGAAAUCCCUACUAGCCCUUUCAGAGUGAAAGUGGAACCUUCACAUGACGCAAGCAAAGUGAAAGCUGAAGGACCUGGUCUCAGCAAAACAGGUGUGGAAAAUGGGAAGCCUACACACUUCAAUGUCUUCACAAAAGGUGCUGGGAAGGCCCCUCUCGAUGUCCAGUUCAACGGACCAAUGGCAGGAGAUGCUGUCAAAGAUCUUGACAUCAUUGACAACUAUGAUUAUUCUCACACUGUGAGAUAUACUCCAAUACAGCAGGGUAAUAUGGAUAUUCUGGUGAAUUAUGGUGGUGAUCCCAUCCCAAGAAGUCCUUUCACUGUUGGUGUUGCUGCUCCACUUGACCUGAGCAAAAUUAAGCUUAAUGGUCUGGAAAAUCGAGUUGAAGUAGGAAGGGACCAAGAAUUUCUGAUUGACACAAAAGGAGCUGGUGGACAGGGCAAACUGGAUGUCUCGAUCUUAAGCCCUGCCAGGAAAGCUGUGCCAUGCUUAGUGGAACCAGUAGUAGGCAAAGAGUGUUGCACUGCAAAGUAUAUCCCAAAGGAAGAGGGCCUUCAUGUGGUUGAUGUAAAUUAUGAUGGGAAUCCAGUUCCAGGAAGCCCUUAUACAGUGGAGGCCACCCUGCCACCGGAUCCCACCAAAGUGAGAGCCUAUGGUCCUGGUCUUGAGGGCGGCCUUGUCGGAAAGCCUGCAGAAUUCACAAUAGACACCAAAGGAGCUGGAACCGGGGGCCUGGGACUGACAGUCGAAGGACCGUGUGAAGCUAAAAUAGAGUGUUCUGAUAAUGGUGAUGGAACAUGCUCAGUCUCUUACUUGCCAACAAAACCAGGUGAAUACCUUGUCAACAUUCUUUUUGAAGAGGUCCAUAUUCCUGGUUCUCCAUUCAGAGCAGAUGUUGAAAUGCCAUUUGAUGUUUCCAAAGUAAUUGCCACUGGCCCUGGACUUGAACAUGGUAAAGUCGGUGAGGCUGGGUUGCUAAAUGUGGACUGUUCCGAAGCUGGGCCUGGGAAACUGGAUAUGGAAGCUGUGUCUGACUCUGGUUCUAAAGCAGAUGUUGAGGUUCAGGAUAAUAAUGAUGGUACCUAUGCAGUUACAUACGUACCUGUUUCUGCUGGGAUGCAUACACUCAAAAUGAAGUAUGGUGGAGAACCGGUACCAAACUUUCCGUCACGAGUCAAGGUUGAUCCAGCUGUGGACACAAGCAAAAUCCAAGUGUAUGGGCCAGGGAUCGAAGGAAAAGAUGUCUUCCGAGAAGCAACAACAGAUUUCACUGUAGAUGCUAGUCCUUUGACCAAAACUGGUGGAAACCAUAUCAAAGCACAAAUUUCAAAUCCCUCUGGAGCUUCCACAGACUGCCUUAUAAAAGACAAUGCAGAUGGGACAUAUGCCGUAGAGUUCACUCCAUAUGAAAAAGGCCCUCAUACUGUUGACGUAACGUAUGAUGAUGUCCCCGUGUUAAACAGUCCUUUCAGAGUUGAUGUCACAGAGGGAUGUCAUCCUUCACGCGUCGAAGCCCAAGGACCUGGGCUACAGGAAGCCCUCACAAAUAAACCCAACCCAUUCACUGUUGUCACUCGAGGGGCUGGAAUUGGUGGCCUUGGAAUAACUGUUGAAGGACCUUCAGAAUCUAAGAUAAGCUGCAAAGAUAACAAGGAUGGCAGCUGUAGUGCAGAAUAUAUCCCAUAUGUUCCAGGGGACUAUGAUGUCAAUAUAACCUAUGGAGGUGAACAUAUCCCUGGAAGUCCAUUCAAGGUUCCUGUAAAAGAUGUCAUUGACCCCUACAAAGUGAAAGUUUUGGGACCAGGCCUGGGAACAGCAGUUCGUGCCAAAAUUCCCCAGGCCUUUACUGUGGACACCAGUAAGGCUGGAAUUGCACCACUUGAGGUUGCUGUCACGGGUCCCAGAGCUGAUGAGCCGGAUUCCCAGUCAUGGCGCAGUCCACUGAAAGCAAUUUCAGAGUUCUUUAAAGGUGACCCACAGGUUGAAUCUAAUGAGACAGGCCUGGCAGAGCCUGUGAACAUAGUUGACAAUGGUGAUGGCACUCAUACAGUAGCAUACACACCUACGCAGGAGGGUCCUUAUACAAUUGCAGUAAAAUAUGCAGAUGAAGAGAUUCCUAGAAGCCCAUUCAAAGUGAAGGUGCUUCCUACGUAUGAAGCCAGUAAAGUGACUGCUAGUGGGCCUGGCCUCAAUGCCCAUGGGGUCCCAGCCAGCAUGCCUGCUGAUUUCAUUGUUGAUGCUAAAGAUGCUGGUCAAGGACUUCUCUCAGUAAAUGUGACUGACCAAGAUGGCAAACCAAAGAAGGCAGAUAUCCAUGACAACAAUGAUGGAACUUAUGCAGUAACUUACAUUCCUGACAAGACGGGUCGAUAUUCUGUUGGCAUUAAAUAUGGUGGGGAUGAUAUACCUUUUUCUCCUUACCGAGUUCGUGUAUCACCAGCUGGAGAUGCCAGCAAAUGUCUAGCAACAGGUCCUGGCAUUGCAGCCACAGUGAAGACAGGAGAAGAAGUUGGCUUUGUAGUAGAUGCUAAAUCUGCGGGCAAGGGCAAAGUGACAUGCACUGUACUGACACCAGAUGGCACAGAAGCCGAAGCAGAGGUCAUUGAAAACGAAGAUGGAACAUACGAUAUUUAUUAUACAGCUGUUAAUCCAGGAACCUAUGUAAUUUAUGUCCGCUUUGGUGGAGUGGAUAUUCCAAACAGCCCUUUCACUGUUGUGGCUACAGAUCCAGAUGAAGUUGCAGUAUUGUCUCAGGAACCACUAAAUGCAGCCUGUCCCCCUGGAUUCCAGCCCUGGGUCACAGAAGAAGCGUAUGUACCUGAUGGUGCCAUGAAUGGUAUAGGAUUUAAACCCUUUGAUAUGGUCAUUCCUUUUGCAGUAAGAAAAGGAGAAAUAACUGGGGAAGUCCACAUGCCCUCAGGGAAGACCGCAACAGCAGACAUUAUGGAUAACAAGGAUGGCACGGUCACAGUCAGAUAUGCUCCUGUUGAGGUUGGAUUGCAUGAAAUGCACAUCAAAUACAUGGGCAACCAUAUUCCAGAGAGUCCUCUACAAUUCUAUGUCAACUAUCCAAAUAGUGGAAAUGUGACUGCAUAUGGACCUGGCCUUGUCUAUGGUGUAGCAAACAAGCCAGCAACUUUUACCAUAGUCACAGAAGAUGCUGGUGAAGGUGGCUUGGAUUUGGCAAUUGAGGGUCCUUCAAAAGCUGAGAUCAGUUGUAUUGAUAAUAAGGAUGGUACUUGCACAGUCACUUACUUGCCAACUCUUCCAGGAAACUAUAGCAUCUUAGUCAAGUACAAUGAGAAACAUAUUGCAGGAAGCCCAUUUGUUGCCAAAAUCACAGAUGACAAUAGGAGGCGUUCCCAAGUUAAGCUUGGCUCUGCUGCUGAUUUCUUGCUGGACAUUAAUGAGACUGAUCUGAGCCUCUUGACCGCAAAUAUUAAAGCGCCAUCUGGCAGAGAUGAACCUUGUCUUCUGAAAAGACUACCGAAUAACCACAUUGGUAUCUCAUUCAUUCCACGGGAAGUGGGAGAGCACCUGGUCAGUAUUUUGAAGAAUGGAAGUCAUGUACCAAACAGUCCAGUGUCUAUCAUGGUGGUUCAGUCUGAGAUUGGUGAUGCGAACAGAGCGAGAGUUUAUGGACGAGGUUUGGUGGAAGGGCGUACAUUUGAAAUGUGUGACUUCAUUGUAGAUACAAGAGAUGCAGGUUAUGGUGGGAUAUCACUAGCAGUGGAAGGACCUAGCAAAGUGGAUAUCCAGACAGAAGAUCUAGAUGAUGGGACUUGCAGGGUGUCAUACUUCCCAACGGUUCCUGGUGUUUACAUAGUGUCAACUAAAUUUGCUGAUGAACACAUCCCAGGGAGUCCAUUCACAGUUAAAGUAAGUGGUGAAGGAAGAGUGAAGGAAAGCAUCACGCGUGCACGAAGGGCUCCUUCUGUGGCCACCGUUGGAAGCUUGUGUGAUCUUAACUUAAAGAUUCCAGUUACAUGGUUCCAGAUGGCUGUAUGUCUGGAGAGACUGUCCUAUCUUUCCUACCAGUUCAGUCCCAUUUUCCUGUGUGCUGAGCAGGAGGAAAACUGCCAGACUCAGUUGAGAGAACUGCCGUGUCCCAUUUUUACUGAUGCCCCAGCUAAUACUAGAAGAAAAAGUUUCCAGUCAGUCUGUUUUUGGGAUCUGCACAAGUAUUACAUGCAUGGUUUUGUAGGGAUUGUGGAAAUUGAUAUUGGUGACAUGUCAGCUAGGGUCACUAGCCCAUCGGGGAGAACUACAGAUGCAGAAAUCGUAGAGCAUGAUAAAAACACAUACUGUGUCCGCUUUGUGCCGCAAGAAAUGGGAGUCCAUACCGUUGAUGUGAAAUACAGAGGGCAGCAUGUGCCAGGCAGUCCGUUCCAAUUCACUGUUGGGCCACUUGGUGAAGGAGGAGCUCAUAAAGUCAGAGCUGGUGGUCCAGGACUUGAAAGAGCAGAGGCAGGCAUUCCAGCUGAAUUCAGCAUAUGGACAAGAGAAGCUGGAGCUGGAGGGCUUUCUAUUGCUGUAGAAGGUCCAAGUAAGGCAGAAAUCACUUUUGAAGAUCAUAAGGAUGGAUCUUGUGGUGUAUCAUAUACUGCUCAAGAACCUGGUAACUACGAGGUGUCUGUCAAAUUCAAUGAUGAGCAUAUUCCUGAGAGCCCCUACUUGGUUCCUGUGAUAGCUCCUUCAGAUGAUGCGCGUAGGCUCACUGUUAUGAGCCUUCAGGAGUCUGGGUUGAAAGUUAACCAGCCAGCAGCCUUCGCAAUUAGACUUAAUGGGGCAAAGGGCAAGAUUGAUGCUAAAGUGCACAGCCCAAUUGGAGCUGUAGAAGAGUGUCAUGUUUCUGAACUGGAGCAAGAUAAAUAUGCUGUACGGUUCAUCCCACGUGAAAAUGGUAUUCAUUCUAUUGAUGUGAAGUUCAAUGGGAGCCAUGUUGUAGGCAGUCCUUUCAAAGUCAGAGUUGGGGAACCAGGUCAAGUCGAAAGCCCAGCUCUUGUUACUGCCUAUGGCCCAGGCCUUGAGAGCGGCACAACAGGAUUGCAGUCUAUGUUUACUAUAGACACCACCAAAGCUGGCCCAGGUACCCUUGCUGUUACCAUUGAGGGCCCGUCAAAGGUGAAAAUGGAUUGCCAGGAAGCUCCAGAGGGCUACAAUGUCAUGUACACUCCUAUGGCUCCAGGAAACUACUUAAUUGGAAUUAAAUAUGGAGGCCCUAAUCACAUAGCUGGCAGCCCUUUCAAAGCAAAAGUGACAGGUCAGCGAUUGGUUAGCCCAGGGGUCUCAAAUGAAAUGUCUUCUAUCAUGGUGGAAUCUGUCACAAGGUCAACAACUGAUACUUGUUAUAGUGCCAUUCCCAAAUCUUCAUCUGAUGCAAGCAAAGUCACCUCCAGAGGGGCAGGGCUCUCUAGAGCUUUUGUGGGCCAGAAAAAUUCUUUCUCUGUUGACGGCAGCAAAGCAGGUUCAAAUAUGUUGUUGGUUGGAGUCCAUGGACCAACAACACCUUGUGAAGAAGUAUCUGUGAAACACUUGGGAAACCAUCAGUACAAUGUAACAUAUGUUGUGAAGGAGAAGGGUGACUACAUUCUGGCUGUAAAGUGGGGUGAAGAACACAUUCCUGGAAGCCCAUUUCAUGUUACUGUUCCCUAAGUUCACCUCUUUUCAAAAGAUACUACUCUCUACAAAUGAAAUUGUACAUUGCAAUACUGUGAGCGCUCCUACAAGAAACAAAGUAUCUUUCUGUAAUGCACAUUUUUAAUGUUCCCCAUAUUAAAUUCAAUGUGUUUAAAGUACCCCUUUCUUUUGUCUUACGUAUCACUGCUAUACAGUGUGCUCCAAAUGGUCACAUUCCAACUCUACCUUUCUGAAUCAGUACAAAAAUCAUGUAAUACUGAAGGAUGCUGUCUUUUUAUUUUGUGGAUUUUAGAUUUUACAAACUGGAAUUUGUCUUGGAUGAUUGGGUAUCUUAAACUACUGACUUGUGAUGGGUGUUUUUAGACUGGAAGCAUUUCAUUUAGUUGUAGAAUAUCACGUUGGCAUUUGCCAGUUAAAGGUUCAUCUGUAAAGAAAUGAGGUUAAAGUGGUACCUAAUGUGCCUUUGUAUACUUGUUUUUUUUUUUAGUAUCUAAUAAUGAAAACUCAAAAUCAUGUUACAGCUGAACACUAAAAGGCUUUACAGGAUGCUUGGCUGUUUACAUUUGGGGGAGAUUAGAACUGUUUGCCUUUUUUUCCUUAAAGGGACUCAAAAGAGGGCCUUGAGCUGUUGCCAGAAGCCUUUAUUACUAUUGUUAUGGUGGUGGCUUGCUUUUAAUUAUGAUGGUUCUUGACUGGAUGCCAAAUUAGGGUUCUGAGUGCUCAAGAUCAGUUGUGAUGCCCACUAUACAACCUGCAAUAAGUCUUACUGCAAAAGAUUGCUAACUGUUUUCGCCCACUGAAAGCUCAGGAAACUCAGAUUGGCUAUUUUGAAAAAAAAUGCUUCAUUUCCUAAAACACAGGCACUUAGUCCAGUCCAGUAAAAAGUAUAUUGGGAUUCAAGCAUCAUAAUCCCAAGUAAUGGCUAUGUGAAAACUAAUCUAAGCAGUUAACCAUUUAAUAACUCUGGCUGUUUCCUGGUUAGUUAAUAACUCAAAUUAAGGUGUUCGUGCACAGAUGUUUAACCCCAUUCUUUGUUUUGGCAGAAGGAAAUGAGUACAUACUAUUCUAACAUUCAAAACGUCAAAAGGGGUUUCAAAUACCAAUUUCAAUGGUUACACAAAGCUGCUGGUUUUUAAAGCAGAAUUUUCUUAGCUUCAAAUGGAGGAGAAGACUUAAUUGCAAGUGACUUAGUUCCUUUCCCUGUUUAGUAAAAAAAUUCUACUGGGUCAACUUUAUUUUUGUAGUUUGUAUAUCAAUGAACUAAGUAAGCACAGCUUCUUGGGGAAAUAAAGUAACAGGAUUUUAACUGUGCUGUGUGCCUUAAUGUGAAAUACUCACUACAUUGUAAACUAUUAAAUAAAAGCAAAAUAAACUGGAUAAAUGCAGGAUUGUAAUAUUGUAUCUCAUAACUUAUUAAAAAUCGUGACUGUUUGCUUCAUGAAAUAAAAUGUGCAUGUUAACAAACAAA